UGUUCUUGCUGCUGCCGCCGCCGCUGAGAAAACCGCUUCAGCGCAGGACUUUCUCCUCCAUCACUUCCUUCUUGUGAGCGAUGUGUCGUUGUCGCGCAGGGAGGCGUGAGGAGCGCGACUCUUCGCUCCCGCACGCCGCUCACGGGCCAUGGAGGAGCGGACACUGAGGAGGACCGAGAAGGGCCCGGAGCACGGCGGCUUCCCCGGGAGCCGCUCGGACGAGGAAGGAGACGCGUCACCUGCAGCACGAACAACAGAACUCCUGCCGACGGGAUGCAAUGGUUGACGGCGUCUAAACUUUUCCACGCUUCUCCAGCGCUCGUCGCGCGCGACCGGUUGCAACUUUUCAUUCGCUGGUGUUCUCCUAAUCUCGAUGGGAUCGUAGCCACGUAGAGUUUGUUCCGCUUUUUUGUUUUCUUUCCAGGACGCCUGUCCGGUGAAGCCGCCUGCGCCUCGGACGGAAAUCUGGCGCACCGUCCCGCAGCGGCUCACAAGAGCGCCUGUUUAAUAUUUCACAGCCAAAUCGGUGGAGGUUAACAUGGGGGCGAAGCAGAGCAGUCCGACUGCUAACGCGGCCGCUAACGGACGAACCAGAGCGUACUCCGGCUCGGACCUGCCCUCCAGCACGUCCGGCGGCGGCAGCGGCAGCAGCAGCAGGACAGCCGCCGCCGCCGCGGCAAGGUACCGCGCGUCCGGAGCUGCGUCCAGCUCCAGCCAACAACUCGGAGCCAGGGCCGGGAGGUCUGCGGGGGGGUCCGGUGCAAGAACCCAGCCCGGCAUCGACAUUCCGAACAGCGGCGGAGUCUACAGCUCCCCGGAGUCCGGCGGCAGCAGCCCGGAGGAGGAGGCGGCGGCGGCGGCAGCGGCGGGGGCGGCGAACCGGGAGCGCUCAAGCGGAGGGCAAGAGGGUACCCGGUUGUUGAUUGGAUCGCUACCAGCACACCUCUCGCCUCAUCUGUUCGGAGGCUUCAAGUGCCCUGUGUGCUCCAAGUUUGUGUCUUCAGAUGAAAUGGAUCUUCACCUGGUUUUGUGUUUAACCAAACCCAGAAUGACGUACAACGAGGACGUUCUGACAAAGGAUGCGAGUGAAUGUGCGAUCUGCUUGGAGGAGCUGGUACAAGGAGACACCAUCGCUCGCCUGCCCUGCCUCUGCAUCUACCACAAAGGCUGUAUUGACCAGUGGUUUGAGGUGAACAGAUCCUGUCCAGAGCAUCCAUCAGAUUAAAGCUUUUUUUUUUUUGCACAGAUCAAGUUUUUUUUUCCAAACAUCCAAGGUACUCCACCAUGAGAGGGAGCAACAGAAUGAAAUGUGGAUCCAGGGAGAAGAAGGCUAGACACUGUGACCCCCCCUCCCUCCCCCUCCCCCCUCUCCACCUCCCACUCACCUGAUAAUAAUGUAGUACCACAGUGUGCCAAAUCUCAUUUAAGCAAUCUUCAGGGAUACAGACUUUGUACCGUGUUUUAUUUUUUGAGUUGCACAUCCGAUGCUCGGCCUCAGAACGGAACCGGCCCACGUCCACCUCCACCUCCAGCCCCCGACGGACGGGGAGUUAUAGCGGACGGGACUCCUGAGAGACACAUGUCAGCUGAUUGUACCCCAGAACAGUGGAGGUGGAGGAGGUGGAUGUGGUCAUGGAGGUGGUUGAGUGGGGGGGUAGGGGGGGUUUUAACGUGAUUGAUUCACCUCCUCCUUGAGCAACUGUGUCUCCUAGUGCCUUUGUUGUAGUGAUGCCCAGAGCAGAGGAGUCCAGAGGAGGACGGCCUGGACCCGCACGACCAUCCCAUCACAACUGCCAUCCUACCAAACCAGGAGAAACAAGCCAGAGACUAAACCCGUCUGCAUCUGCAUCUGCAUCUGCAUCUGCAACUGCAUCUGCAGCUCUUCACAACUGACGCUGCUGCAAAAAAACACAGAAAAACAAACAAACAAACAAAAAACUGGUGCCAAUCAACUGUGAACAUUGUCAAACACACAAUCAUCAGUGCUUUUUUAAUCAUAAACUGUAGACUGGAGGUCUUCAGGUACAAAAAAAAAAAACUCAAAAAAAAACCUGACCCCAGCACUUACCAGCCUAAAAAUACUGCAGCGUGUCGCUGCUUCCAGAGUUAUUAAAAAAAUUAAAUAAAUUCUCGUGGAUCCUUGAUAACAAGAUAUUUUUCAUGUGACCUUAACAUACAAAAUGUACAGAAGAUAGAAGCCAUUAUAUUAUAUUAUAUUAUAUUAUAUUAUAUUAUAUUAUAUUAUAUUAUAUUAUAUUACAAUCAUGGGGAAAAGAAAUAUUUAGCACUUUUCAAAAAAACUUUAAACUAUUUUCACCCUCAUUUAAAAAAAAAAAAAAUAAAUAAAAUUAAACAUGAAUUAAAUGUAAAAAAAAAAUCCCUGAGGUGUAAUCUGGAAUUUGCCCCCUUGUCGUCAUCUUUUUUUUUUUUUUUUUUUUUUCAGCGCCCUGAAAUACUUGACUUCCUUCAGUUGUGGGCAGCAUCUCUCCACCAGCAGGGGGGGAGGAGGGGGGGAGGCAGGGGGGUUAAUUAAGUGUAACUAUUUGUGUGGUAACAUAAAUAAUAUCUUGUUCUAACUCGAAUAGGAUCCAGUAACAAGAAACUUCAGAUGCAAAGUGGGAACAUUUUUGUAGAUUUUUUUUUUGUUGUUUAUUUUGUGUGUUUGUUUGUGUGUGUGUGUGUGUGUGUGUGUGUGUGUGCAUGUGUUGCUGUUGUCAGUUUCAUUGUGUCCGUUAGACACGUGGCAUUCGAUGGUGUUUGUAGCAAAUUGUGCAGGUAAACUGGUUCCCACCCACAAAAAAAAAAAAGCAAAAAGCAAAAGAAGUUGACAUCUUCACGUGUUCUUAUUCUUUUGUGAUGCAGAAGAGUAACAAGCACAAACGUCUGUCGUGAUGUUGAGCCGUGUGAACCAGUUUACUCGGGGGUUUUUGCUGCUUUUAAAGCGUCAUAUGAACCAGAACGAGCUCUGUGAUCUUUUUACUCGUUGCACCAAGCGACCGUUUAUACUAAACCUCUGUGCUCGUCGUGGGGAGUCGCUAACCUGCUGCUUGACCGUUGGCGUUGAGAGAUUAUUGCAGACUGGUCUCAGGGCCCUGGCAGCUUCUAUCAUAACUUCAAUCAAAGUGCUAAAGGCUGAGUCCACGCGAUCUGGACCGGACCGGACCGGACCGGACCGGACCGGAGGACCUGGCACACUGAGGCCGUCUGUUUGGGACUGAGUACACAGAGUUUAUUUUUAUUUUAUUAAUCCAGUCAGAUCAAUCAUACAUCAGUCAUCUCUGAAGCUCCAUUCUCACCCAACCUCAAUCCUCUGUUUGUUCCAUGACGUCGGCACUGAGUUCACAUCUGGUUUGAGCGUUUUUACACUGGAAACACACAGAUUUCUGUUGUUGUUGUUGUUGUAGUUGCUGUUGUUGUUGCUGUUGCUGUCACAGCUUCACAGAGUGUCUUAAUGAGGACGAAAUGAAGUUUUCAUUAAAGAGAAAGUUGCUUAACGAGCGAGA